GUCAACGCGCCGCCGGCUGCCAGCGGAGCGGUGGACGACAGCGACGUGUACAGUCGGUGAAGUCCUUCGUCGAGGCACGAGUGGUGAGCGGGAUUCUGUAAGCGCCGCCUGCAUGCAGCUCUGCUUCCCCAGUGGACGAGGUACCAGGGUAUCGGCAUUAUGCUGGCAGGCCAGCGCCAGCGCUCGACUAGCAACCUCCAAAGCCCUCCUCCGCCAUCUCGAGGACCACCGUACUACUAUCCCACCGCCCCCGACGGCUCGCUGCUGUACGAGAGCCCGCAACACCACCCCGCGAAUGAGCUGCUGCGACCACAUCCAUCCGCUUCACCCUACCCGCCGAGCGCGACGUUUGCUUCAUCGCCAAGAGCUCGAGCACAUACCUAUGCCGACCCAAUAAUGCAGCCGUCCACGCCCGGCGGCCAUGGGCAGCAGCAGCACCAAUGGCCGCCGCCCGGCUCGAGGCAUGGCCAGCCAGACGGACAGCGAGGUUUCCCACCGCCUCCUCCGCCUCUCCAGCCGCAAUCGCAGCCAGGCAUGCCAUGGCCUCCUCCGCCUCCAGGACAAUUGCGGACUCCUAUAGGUGCCUUUCACCCUCCUCCUCCUCCGCCCUCGGGUUAUGGCUAUUCGAAUCAAUUGCGUCCCGGCUAUGCGCCGAGCCAGAACCAGCCCAAAGAACCACGAGCGUACGAUCCGAGUGCAUAUUCCGAGUACUUUCAGCUACCACCGAUGCCUCCUCCAGAUCAGCCUCUCACAUCGGCCACGUACAUACCGGGUGGAGAGAGUUUUGGUCCCGGUGUAGGCAUUCCACCUCUGCACGAUAGCAGGACGCCAGUACAUCAACCCGCGAGGCCGGUGCCAGUGCCUCACCAACACACUCCGAGUUACUACAGGGGAGGGUCGGAAGACUUCACGACGCAAAACAAUUCGCAAGCCCUAUACAACAACUUCUAUAGCCAGCAGGAUGCGGCAGAGAGGUCAUGGUAUUCGACGUACGCGCAACGGGAGCAGCCACCACUAGCAGCAUCUGCCCCUCCGCAGAGUAGCCUUCCUCCUCCUACUCCAACCACAGGGAAACCGAAAGCCUUGAUUGCCCCAGCGAAAGAGACAGAGCAGCAUGUAUCACCCGCUCACGAUGCGAGGACGGCAUUCUCUCAUUCGUCCUUCAGUCACCAUGCUGAGAGCAGCAGUGGCCUGACGAGUACCAACCGCGACCAUUCUUCAUCAGGCGAUACUCCUGCUUCUCCAGCGGACCAGAACUGGCCCGCAGAUCGCAUACAGAUAUGGCUUGUGGCGCACAGCUUUUCGAAAGAGUGGCAGGCAGCAUUCCAGCAUUUGGGUGUGCAUGGCAGUGCCUUUUUGGAUAUUGGCAGGAGCGGCGGACAGAGAAAUAUUGGGUUCAUGACGCACACUAUCCUCCCACAAGUCGCAAGAGAAUGCACUUCGAAUGGAGUUGUCUGGGACCAGGCAAAAGAGCGGGACGAGGGGAAGAGGUUGCGAAGAUUGGUGCGAGAAGUCAUCAGGAGUGGUGGAGGAGGAACACCACACACUGCGGCGACCAGCAGCACUGCGAGUCUGCCUCUACGGGCGAAUCGACGGGAGUCUCAGCAGAAUCUAAAUUCGACAAGCGCAGGCACAGAAGGUAACGUGGAGAGCUCGCCAAGCAUGUCGCGUACCGACAAUACAGUCUUUGGCUCAACGCCUUCCACGGCCGGUGGAGGAGAAGACUCUCCGGGAGCGAGGAUGCCUAACAUCACGAAAGGGAAUACGGCGGGUUUCCGAUCAAUCACACUCGACUCCUACGAUCAGAAGCGGAGUGCGGAGUCUCGCAGUGCUCUGGGAGCUGCGGGAGACUUGAAGCAGCGACAUCACUCACCUAGUGGAGCUGUUGCAGCCAGCCCGCAGCAGAGUCCUGGCUUGACGAAUGCGCGGCCACAGCCAAAUGGCCACGCACGAACGAGCAGCGGUGUAGGCGGACACUUCCGAGGCACGAGCAUCAGCGCAAUGAGCGACAGGUCAGGUAACGGGCAUGGUGAAGAGUACACCCCCAGAACAGGUCUCGAUAGCCACCGUCCGCCACCAUCUGAUGGCGGACGUGGUAGCAGUCGAGAUACGCCACAGAGUGCGACUGCCCGCGAGCAUCGUGGCGGUCUGUGGGCAAAGUUUCGCCGUGGUGCCAAAGGCAAAGACGCGGAUCACGCCUCACCUGAGGAUGAACACGGUCCGAGGAGCCCUGGAGUAUACAAGAAUGGGCAGCUGGUUGCGGGUUCUGAUGUCUCACUGAACGACCGAUCCUCUGGCAAGAUCCACGCAGACUCUGAUAGUGUCGCAGCGCAGCGCGGCCGGCCUAUUGCGAGGAAAGAUGACAAGAAAUUCGUGUUUGUCACACCUGAUGGCUGGAACUACCGGCUUAUUGAUAUUACUGAUGUCGAAGAUGCUGCACAGCUGCGGAUGGUCAUUUGCUAUAACCUUGGAAUCCCCGAAAGCGACGAGAUUUCAAUUCACAUCACUUCUCCAGGCAAAGAGGAGCAUGAGGAGGAGCUAAACAGCGACAUGUUGCUUGCCGCAAGGGCUCGCAUUGCUGAUCCAAAUGGAAGUCUAAAGCUGUACGUUCGCGGGCCGAAUACCGGGGCAGAACCAGCGCCCGUCAGUUCAGGACUAGGUCUUUCAGGCGUGCCACAAGAAGCCUCUGCCAAGCCCACAUUCUCCGGCAAACCUCUGGACGAGGAUACGCUGCAGCGCUUGCAGGGAAUUAAUAGUGCAGACUUACCAUUCGCGAUACCUUCGAUCAGAAAAGGAGAUAGCCCGGCGUCCGACCGUAACAGGCUUGCUCAGAUCAUUCCUAAAAAGGAUGGCGAACAGCUUAUCAAACGACAAGAGGAGUUCUUGCAGAAUCACUUCCAAAUGCUACCAGAAGACAAGCAGCAAGAGCUGCUUGCAGCGCGCGCCGAGGAGCACAGGCGAGAGACCGAGCGAAAACGAAAGGACUACCAAGCUCAACGGUCCAGCAGGCUGGUUGAUAUGGGCAAUGGCAAGAAAGUACACGAUUUCGACUCGCCUCGAACGCCAUACGAGCAGCACGCUCCGACGGCUCCUCGUCCCGAGUCUUCGGGCUCUGGCUCAAACGACUUCGAGCGACGCACAGAUCUGCAACCAGUUCGCAAAGCUCCGCCCGUGCCUGAGCCGACUGCCACAUUAGUGAAGGCGAACAGUCUGACGAAGAAGGGACCUACCACAACGCGGACGAGCUGGCCCAAUCGACGGGACGAAUGGAAGCGUAACUCAAAUGGAUCGAUUCCGGAAGAGGACAGCAAGAAGCCUGGCGUCAAAGGUAUCGGUGCAGCAUUGGCGGGCGCUGGCAAAGCCGCUGGUGCUAUCGCUCACCCGAGCGCUAGCCCACACAGUGCACCUGCCGGCACUGCACCUACGAUGCCUUCUGGUCUACAAAAGUCGUCCACCGCGCCCGAUCUGCACAACGGCCAGAAUGGCAAUUCUGCUGGCUCACUAGCGAACGCUGGGUUUGGUCGAGCGAGCCCGAACGGUCGUGCCGAGUCACCUCGAAGUCCUUACACGAGGUCGAAAGGAGGUCAGACGUUCCGUGUGCCAGAAUAUGUUGAACCUGAAGACGAUGAGGAUACCCUCAAAGCGAGCCAGCGACCAGGACUUCCGCAACUGCGGAUGCCAUCGAACCCUACGUUCGACAGGCUGCGCGAUCAACCUGGUCGCCACAGCCCGCCACUCAGUCCGAGCUCACAGCACACUGCACCUAGUGGAUUGAGCAGGGCGGUCAGCAAACAUGGACCAAGCUUUGAUGUGCCGGAGAACACGAUUGAGUUCGCUACAUCGCCCAAUGCCGGUCUGUACGAUUCCGACGAUGACUCCGACGACGGUCUAUUCGCCAUUCCUCUAGCUAAGCAGAAGGAGAAGGUAGGCAUGUCUGCAGGAUUGUCGACCAAACUCUCGACCAGGAAGCCAUCAGACAAGAAGGCUCGUGAAAUCCUGGGCAUGCCUCAAGUUUCUCCAGCACGAUCGCCGAACAGACCUCCGCUUAAGAUACAAACAUCCAGGGCGACAGUCAAAUUCGAGUCGCCGAAGUUGCCGCCCAGCGACAAACUCGGAUCCAUUGGCGAAGGCACUGAUAGUGGAGACAGCCACUACCCGCACUCUGCAUCAACCACAGGUCCAUGGUCUGCGGACUCUCCGAAGGACUCUGCUCAAUUCGAUCCUCGCCGUGGUAGCGUCGCCUUCGAUAGCAACAACUGGGCGAACCGUCCCCCCGUUGAAGACAUUGCUGAGCAGCUUGACAACUUCUUCCCAAACGUCGAUCUUGAUCAACCCAUGGGAGAAGAAGGCGAAGAAGCUGAAGGACGUGGGCCGACAGAAGACAAACCUGUUGGACUGGACCCGCAGGCCUCGUCCUCUGACACCAGCGCAAGCCGCAGCGUGACACCCGCAUCCAGUAUUGAUGACCAAGAUGGCACUCUGGGCAGUGAGGAGUCUACGCUCAAGAGCAAUUACAACUCCGUGGCACAUCGCAGUGUGCGCAAAUCUGGAGGCCUGGGCCGCACGAAGAGUAUCCGUGAUGUGGUGAAGAACAAUUACGCCCACGGCAUGUUGUCACACAAUCCGUCAAUCUCCUCACAUGCGUCUAGUCGACACCCGAGUGUCUCCAACCUCACUUUCCAACAGCCGCUUCAGAAUAGGAUCAGCACUUUGCGCAACGAUGUGACCAGCAGCAUCGUGCGACGGAAGUCCACCAAGAUGUUCGGCGCCAAGAUAGAACAAGUGAAACCUCAAAGAGGCAGCCGACUCAUCAAUAACCUCGAGACAAUCCCUCAAGAUCACAUUGGUGUCGUGAAGCCUGAGCGACAGCCCACUUUCAAAUGGAUGCGAGGUCAGCUUAUUGGGAAGGGUACUUUCGGUCGAGUGUACCUUGGUAUGAAUACAACGACGGGUGAGCUGCUCGCUGUCAAACAGGUCGAAGUCAACCCCAAGGCCCAAAAUGCAGAUCCCCAAAAGGUUCGGGAGAUGGUGAAGGCACUUGAUCAAGAAAUCGACACCAUGCAGCAUCUUGACCACGUCAACAUUGUGCAGUAUUUGGGUUGCGAAAGGAAGGAAUACUCCAUCUCUAUCUUCCUGGAGUACAUUUCUGGUGGCUCUGUCGGCUCCUGUCUCCGGAAGCAUGGCAAAUUCGAGGAACCAGUCGUCUCAUCUCUCACGCGACAGACUCUCUGUGGCCUGGCUUACUUGCACUCGGAAGGCAUCUUACAUCGUGAUCUCAAAGCAGACAACAUCCUCCUCGAUCUCGACGGAACUUGCAAAAUCUCCGAUUUCGGUAUCAGCAAACGCAGCGCAAACCCAUACAAUAACGACAUCACCAACUCGAUGCAAGGCUCUGUCUUCUGGAUGGCGCCAGAAGUCAUUCGCGCUCAGUCACAGGCUUUGAAUGUGUCGGGUGGCAGCAGCGGAAACAGUAAUGGCGGUAUGGACACCAUCUCCAACCAAGGAUAUUCUGCCAAAGUGGACAUUUGGUCUCUUGGAUGCGUGGUCUUGGAGAUGUUCGCUGGUCGACGUCCUUGGAGCAAAGAAGAGGCUAUUGGUGCCAUCUACAAAUUGGGAAGCUUGAACCAGGCUCCUCCGAUUCCGGAUGAUGUGUCCACGGUCGUUGGGCCUGCGGCGCUGUCGUUUAUGUAUGAUUGUUUCACGAUUGAUCCUGGUGAGCGUCCUACGGCCGAUACGUUACUGCGAGCACCGUUCUGCAUUUUCGAUCCGCAUUACAAUUUCUUGGAUACCGAGCUUUAUGCCAAGAUUCGUGGAGCGUUUUAGAGGAGAAAUUUGUCUGUUGGAUUCUGCGAUAUUCGACCCAAUCCAUGAAAAUUUUGCAACCUCGGACUGAUAUUUGCUGCGUUUCUUGAGAUGCAAUCUAUAUAUACCCACCUGUUGUAUAUGCUUUGCUCUGACGUUGUGGCAGACUUGGGGGAGAUUUGAGAUGUACAGGUGUUUGUUGUGGCGCAAGAGGUGGCUUUUCUUCUUUUCAUCUUUAUCACGAUUUACGAUACGAGGUUUUAGUGCAACAAUUCGAUCAGCGCGAGCAUGUAGGUAGUAGAGACGAAAGAAGGCUGUGAGAGUCCGACGAUUCUGAAUGGAAAGGGGAAUGACCAGUCGUUG